CCACACCUGCUCUCCCUCCUCCAGGUGACCCCAGCCAUGAGGACCCUCGCCAUCCUUGCUGCCAUUCUCCUGGUGGCCCUGCAGGCCCAGGCUGAGUCACUCCAGGAAAGAGCUGAUGAGGCUACAACCCAGGAGCAGCCUGGGGAAGACGACCAGGACCUUGCUGUCUCCUUUGAAGAAAAUGGACUCUCUACUCUUAGAGCCUCAGGUUCUCAGGCGAGACGCACCUGCUAUUGCCGAACCGGCCGUUGUUAUACCCCUGAGUUCCACUCCGGGAAGUGCUUAUUCAAGGGCCGCACCUACAAACUCUGCUGUCGCUGAGCUUCCUAGAUAGAAACCAAAACAGUGCAAGAUUCAAUCCAAGGUCCUGAAAAGAGAAAAAUAUUUCACUCUGUGUACCUUGUAUCUUUCUAAGAUUUUCUCUCCAAAAUAAAGUUCAAGCAUUAAA